AUGGCCGGCUCUGCGGCGACCGCUCGAGUACUGCGGCUCCGAGGCGGGGUCCGCUGUGUAGAGCCUUUGAAGCCAAUAUCUCCAAACAUCGCAGGCAGCGCUCCCGACACAGCCGGCCCAGAGCCUCGGGAGCGUUUGCGGGAGCGUCCGCAGGAGCGUUUGCGCGGUUUUGGGGCAGAGCUUUCCUCGCACGGGAGCCUCGGGCGGAGUCGUUUCGUGUGUCCCUUUGUGCAAACCGAGCUCAAGAGGCGGAGCCAGGAGAUGGUAAAAGCUCAAAAGCUCGAGGAAUUAUGCGCAGGGGUCCAGCAAGGAGUGCCGAGAGCCAAUUGGUACACGGAGCUCCAAGUGAGUGUGGGAAGUGCACAAGCUGCAGGCGUGGCGGGGGAGCUCGGUCAGUUGCAGGAUCAGUGCAAAUGCCGGGAGCAUUGCCUUGAGCUUGCUGCCGGCACUCCUGGGGCAGAGUUGGCAAGCGAGGCCAAGCUGCAGGAGCCAAGCUGCAGGAGGUGUGAGCACGCCUCCAGGAGCGUUGUGAGCAGCUGCGGCAGCAGCUCCAGAAACCUCGGCCAAAGCGGAGGCUCAGGCCGCUACGAUUCGGACCUUGCCGGUGCCGAGGAGCUGGGAUACGGCCUGGUAGAGAAGCAGCACUGCUUCACGUCCAUGUCCGAUGCCAUCUUGAAGACACACAACUGUGACACGGACUUCUUCCUGGUCCUGAUGGGCAAGAACCUGACGAAAGGUUCACACAUAUUGCCAGCGAUGGCAAGACCCUUCUGCGGCUCCCUGGCGUUUCUCCGAGCCGGGGCCGUGAGGACCAGCAGCUGA